UUUAACUACGUUUUUAAAUAUAUGCAAUUCAUCGUUAUUGGAUUACAUAAUUAAAACUUUAACUUUUUUUUUUAUUUAAUGAGAGGAUCAUAACAUCGAAAACGGGCCGUAACUUUCAUUAAAGUGUGGAAGACACCGCCAAUAAAUAGACAAAUCAUGUUAUAUUGUCCGCCUAAUGUAACCUUCUCUCAAAUCUGGAUUAAUCAUGGCAUUUCUCAUUGUUUUAUGGAUACUGUUGGCGCGGCUAUAUGCUGUGGGUUUAUUUUAAUUUCCGGUGGCAUCCAAUUAUUAAUGUAUCAUAGAUAUGCCACUCGUAUAACGGAUCCUACACUUAUAUCCAGAUCACGCUUAUAUGCCUUGCAAUUACUUUUGAUAUGCCUUUUCCCAAUUUUGCAAUUAAUACGGUUUAUUUUAAAUGCCAGCAUAUAUACGGAUAGUGCUAUUUAUGGUUAUAUGAUACUUUCUACCAUAUUGAUAUGUCUGGCAUAUCCAUUUUCUGUGUGUUUGAUUUUAAAAGAGCGACACUAUCAGCUGCCGUCAGUACCAACACGAGGUCAUGGCUUGAUUUUGUUAGUUUUCUGGACAUUGGCUUUCAUUAAUGAGUCGUUGGCUUUUAUUAAUUUGAAACAUGAGGAUUGGUGGUUUCACAUGAAAACCCGUAAGGAUGAAAUUGAAAUGGGUUUGUUUAUAACGCGUUAUAUAACCGCUUUGCUAAUUUUUGUGCUGGGGCUUAAAGCGCCAGGCAUCACUUUCCCCUACAACUCGCAACCGGAGUGGGACGAAGAAAGGCAAAGAAACACCACGGAUAACAUACAAACCGGUUCAGCGUUUCGUAACGCUUUCAAAAAGCUUCGUAAGCUUUUCCCUUAUUUGUGGCCGAAAAAAGAGCUAUUUUUACAAAUAUCGGUUGUGAUUUGUCUCUUGCUAUUAGUUGGCGGACGUGUUGUGAAACUCUUUCUACCUAUAUAUCGAAAAAAAUUAGUGGACAGUUUGACGAUCGAACCCAUAACAUUCCGUUGGGAUUUCGUUUUAAUAUAUGUGGGUUUGUCAUUCAUCCAAGGCGGUGGUACCGGCUCCAUGGGCUUAUUUAACAAUUUACGUUCGUUUUUGUGGAUACGAGUUCAACAAUAUACGACACGAGAAAUUCAAGUGGAUUUGUUUCAACAUUUACAUCAUUUGUCGUUACGCUGGCAUCUGCAACGUAAAACUGGGGAAGUUUUGCGUGUUAUGGACCGUGGUACCGAUUCCAUUAAUAACUUGUUGAAUUAUAUAUUGUUUUCGAUCGCUCCAACCAUAGCGGACUUGUUAGUAGCUGUGAUAUUUUUCAUUUACGCUUUUAAUUGGUGGUUCGGUUUGAUUGUAUUUUUAACUAUGUUCUUGUAUAUCUUGGCGACUAUUAUGGUAACUGAAUGGCGAACAAAAUUCCAAAGGCGUAUGAAUUUAGCUGACAACGAGCAAAGAGCCCGUAGUGUAGAUUCCUUAUUAAAUUUUGAAACCGUUAAGUAUUAUGGGGCCGAACAAUAUGAAGUUAAAGCCUAUCGAGAGGCUAUUUUAAAAUAUCAAAAAGAGGAAUUCCUAAGUCUCACCACUUUAAAUAUCUUAAACACUUCACAGAACGUAAUAUUGUGUUUGGGUCUGCUAUCUGGCUCUAUGUUGUGUAUAUAUUUAGUUGUUCAUCAUCAAACUUUGACUGUAGGCGACUUCGUUUUAUUCUUUACUUAUUUGAUGGAUUUAUAUAUGCCAUUGAAUUGGUUCGGGACUUAUUAUAGAGCCAUACAAAAGAAUUUUGUCGAUAUGGAAAAUAUGUUCGAUUUACUUAAAGAGGAAGAGGAAAUUGUAGACGCUCCUGGCAGUGUUCCUCUUCUAACAGCUGGUGGUAGCAUCGAGUUCAGCAAUGUUACCUUCGGCUAUUCACCCGAGAAAACCGUUCUACGUAAUGUUAGCUUUACAGUGCCGUCGGGAAAAACUGUAGCUAUUGUAGGACCUUCUGGCGCCGGUAAAAGCACUAUUGUAAGGUUAUUGUUUAGAUUUUACGACGUACAAACGGGAUGUAUACUAAUCGACGGUCAGAAUAUUAAACUUGUUACUCAGCAAAGUUUAAGACAAGCCAUCGGUGUUGUGCCUCAAGACACGGUGCUCUUUAAUAACACCAUUUUUUAUAACAUACAAUAUGGUAAUAUUGGAGCCGAUUCUGCUGAAGUUUAUGAAGCUGCUCGUCUGGCUGAUAUACACGAACGCAUUCGUAGUUUUCCCGACGGUUACGAGACAAAAGUGGGCGAAAGGGGCUUGCGAUUAAGCGGUGGAGAGAAACAACGAGUCGCUAUAGCUCGCACUUUAUUGAAAUCACCAAUAAUGGUUCUAUUGGAUGAAGCCACAUCAGCCUUAGAUACUCAUACCGAGCGUAAUAUACAAGCAGCUUUGAGUCGUGUCUGUGCUAACAGAACCACUAUCGUUAUAGCGCAUCGUCUCUCGACCAUCAUUAAUGCUGAUGAAAUUUUAGUUCUCAAAGAUGGCAUGAUAGCUGAGAAAGGUCGCCACGACGAUUUGUUGCAACGUGACGGCGGUCUUUACGCGGGUAUGUGGCAAGAGCAACUAAAAAAUCUUGAAAUCCAUAAAGAUUCGCAAGAAGAUUCAUCAAAUGGUAGCGGGGGCGAAAACGUAAACGCAAUUUCGAGAGCAGGGCAUGCCCAUGGUGGCGCAAACUAGUGUAAAUAAGGGUGGAAUGGUUUCAGAUUUUAUUGCGUAGUAUUACGUUUUCUUUUUUAUCAAAAUAAAAUUCCUAAAUGUAAAUUUAUGAUCUGGCCUUAUGCUGGAAAAGCGCAUAUACAUAAGAGAAAUAUCUUUUACAAUUAAUAUAAAAAAAUUUUCUAGAAAUAAAUCCAGCUUACUACAAUAAAGCCCUAAUAUUUCUAUAAAAUA